GAAGUGAGGGUGAGGAGAGGGGGGGUGGAAGUGGUGACUGUGGAUGGAACGCGGAGGAGGAAGGAUCACACCGUCGUCGCUGGCGGUGCGCGCGGGCGACGAGCGAGGAGCGAUCCGCGGCCGCGUGCGCCGCGCAUCCCGGAUGAGACGGUGGCGCAGGUGUGCAGGACAACCACUCCGUGAAACGAUGUCCGUAAAAUGCAAGAGAAAAGCGGGCUCCGAUCGUCGAGAAACGCAGAGCCGCUGAAGCGCCCCGACGUUACGACAGCAACAGGCCGCGAAGAGAUGGUGAGAGUGGGCUCCAUUCUCGUCCAGAACUUGCUCGUGUCGCCGUCGCUGGUGCUGCCCAACGUCAUGCUGCUCGUGGCCUUCUGCGCGCAGAGCGGCGCCUCCUGCCCGCACGAGUGCGACUGCGGCAAGCAGGACGACCACACCCUGGUGCAGUGCAGCAACCGCAGCCUCAAGGAGAUCCCCAUGAACCUGCCCAACGACACGACCAUCCUCAAGCUCGACUCCAACCAGAUCACCGUCGUCCCCGACGGCGCCUUCCGCAGCCUGCAGCGCCUGCAGCAGCUCGACCUGUCGCACAACCGCAUCGAGGCGCUCGCCAACGGCGCGUUCCGUGGCGCCAACCAGCACCUCCAGCUGCUGGACCUGUCGGAGAACCGGCUGCAGGAGCUGCCGCGCGACGCCUUUCGGGGGCUGACGGCCAAGACGAAGCUGCACCGCAACCCACUGCACUGCGACUGCGACCUGCAGGAGCUCUUCGUGGAGAUCAGGAGGUGGCUGGACACGAGCGCGGACAUGGGCAGCCAGGUGGUGUGCGAGUCCGCCGCCCAGGACCAGUACCGCGGCGUGCCCGUCCUGGAGCUGAUUGACACGGUCAACCUGUGCAACCACCGGACCAUGGACGUGGCCAUGCUGGUCACGAUGUUCGGCUGGUUCACCAUGGUCAUCUCGUACGUGGUGUACUACGUGAGGCAGAACCAGGAGGACACGCGGCGUCACCUCGAGUACCUCAAGUCCCUCCAGAGCAAGCAGAAGACGCCCGACGAAUCCGAUAACAUCAGCACCGUGCUCUAGAGGGCAGCCUGCUUGCAAGCCGCUGCCCCCCUGCUCCCCCCCCCCUCACAGCCCCCUACGGCCAAUGCCCACGUUUGACUCUCGACGUUGUCUCAACCGCGCAGAGGAAUCAAAAAGCCUUGGCAUCGACUGGCCAGUCGAGUCCGCGGCAGGUUGAGGAAGGGACGCCUGUUAGGUGCCCUGCCGAUUUGCGAUUCGAGUCAAUCGGUCGGUCGGCAGGGAAAACGAAGGUCGCGGCGAGGGAUGGAGUCUCCCGCGGUCGCUCGCGGAGCCUGACCUCUGUCGCGGAGCCUGACCCCUCACGCCGGUUGGCCGAGCCAACGGCGGGAGUUGUGCUCGAAGGUUGAGUGAUAGCCGGGUUUUUUUUUGGACCAUCUUUUCUCGAGAUUAAAAUACUAACGGAAGCGACCUGCGACUGAUGGAUCCGCGCAGGGGCGCAGUCGCCAAAACUCUCUUAAUGUUCAUGCUGCUGCUGCUGCUGCAUUGUGUGUGUGUGUACAUAGAUGCAGGGCUACUCCUGCGAGGCAUUACACCGGCCUGGGGAAGACGCGGGGUGUCGCGUCGCAACGGCACAACGUCCCGACAGCACCGUCAUGGCAGCAUACUCAUAUUAAGCGAGCUCCAUCCGUACGUUAGUGCGAUUUCAUUUAAUCAUUUGCGUGCGUGGGUUUUCUUUUUGUUAAGGCCAACGGUUUUGAAGCGAGGAGGGACAGAGGCUGGUGGCCUUAUCAUGGCGCACAGAUAUUGGCGCUCCCUGCACGGCGCUUAUCCGAUACUGGGUGGUCGUUCCGGUUCUCAUCGCCGUCGCGCCGUGGGUCUGGGCCUUUCGGAAAGCGACGGCGACGCGACUUGUGAUCGCCAUUAAUUUCUCAUCAUCACGACGCGAUGCGGGAGGCAGGGACCUCGUCGCGUCUCUGCUCGUGACGGGAUCGCUCGUUCGGACCAGUCGCGUCUCCGUCCGAGCUGCCUGCAGUUGUGCCCCCCCCCCCCUCCGCUGAUGGGGAGUGCCGCCAGUCCGUUUUGCAUUACCCCCCCCCCCCCAACAUUUAACUUUGUCUAGUCGCAUCUCGCCACACGAGCAAAUGUGGCGCGGAGACGACGUCACGAUAGCGGAGGUGGAGCGUGGGCCGGGGGGGGGGCGGGGCUCUGCUCCUCCUGCGUCACGCUGAGGACACCACGUGACAGUGACCACCCCCGUCCCCCCACCCUCCCUUCUUUUACGGUGGGGCCAGUGCGGCUCGUUCGGUACGGUUUCAUUCCAGAAGAAAACUGUUUCCGGGAAACACAAUCAGUGAAAGCACAAAAGGCAAUCCCCGCCCCCGCUCCCCCCCAUCUUGAGGCGAGACCAGCGCUGUUUAUUCUAAGUGCCUAACGAGGAAAGCCCCACCAGGACUCGUGAUCGAUUGCAUUCCAUCGGCGGGAGCAAGCGAGCAGCUUCGCUGACGUUUAAAAGUUGUUGGUCACCUCGCGCUGAUGUUUGUUGAGCAUGGCCUUCCGGCCCGAGGGUUCACUUGUAAAUGUUGAUCCUCCUCACCUUUGUUUGAGUUUUGUUCUUUAUAUAUCUUCGUUAAGAGACAAAAAAAACACGCGAGGGAGAAAAUAUCGAUGCAGUAUCCGAAUAUUUGCGAGACGUUUUUUGUAUGUUCAUAGCUUGUGCUCGGCUUGAUUUUGUUGUGCGUUUAUAUAUACGGUGUAUAUUAAAUUUUGCUGUACUUUCCUUUUCCAAUAACAGACUUCAAGUUAUUAAACAUACACAAUAAAUAGCCUUACCAAUG